UCACUGCACUUAGCUUUUUUCACUUCUUAGCUCGCUCUAACAUUAUAUUAUAUUAUAUUAAUGGCAUUGUCUUCAAGAAAUGGGAUCCUGGGUGGAGAAGAAAGUGGUUUGAUGUUGGUACCCCAGGAGAGUAUGAAUAAGAUACAAAGGGUUCGAUCUUUCUUGCGGGGUUCCAAGCGCAACGAUGACUACAAUCCUAAAGUGAUUUCCCUAGGGCCAUACCACCACUUCAAGCCGGAGGUGCAGGCUCUUGAGGGAUUGAAGCCCAAGGUGUUUGAUAACUUCAUUUCCCGUGGUUACAGUCAAAGUGAUGCUAAUUUCUAUGGGAAAACGGUGUUGGAGGUAGUGGGUGAGGCCAGGAGGUGUUAUGUUGAAGGGUCGACAGGUGAAUUUGAUGAUUCCCAAUUUGCUAAAAUGAUGCUUCUGGAUUCCUGUUUCUUACUAUGUUAUAUGCUGGAUGGUUUUGAUGGUUUCUGGUUUUCAGAGAUGAUUGGGGCUUCAUUUUAUCUCUUCAUACAACGUGACUUGUUUUUGUUUGAAAAUCAGAUCCCACUCUGGAUUGUGGAGUUCUUGUUUAAUGACAGAUUUGCUACAAUAAUGGGGAUUUCUUGGAAAGAACUACUUGUAGGGCAUUGCCAAAGAAAUCUUUAUGGUGAGGAGUAUACGGUGGACAACGACAUGUAUAGAGAUGGAAAACCGCUUCAUCUUUUACAAGCUUUCCAGACGCUCAUGGCCUGCAAAUCUAACACCACCCCAACGGUUACGCCAUUAUCCACUCACUCUUCAUGGUGGGGACGUUGCUGCCCAAACUUCAUGCGAACCCAAGAAAAUAGCACAAUAAUAAAGUCGCAAAAAGAUUCAUUUGAAAAGUAUGGUUACGUAUUUCGUUCAGUCAUGGAUCUAAAAGCAAAGGGAAUUCAUUUUGGUCAUAGUGAUAAUAUUUAUUCUGUCACCAGCAUCAACUUUGAGUCUAACUAUGCAUAUGCGAAACUAAAGCUUCCUAUUUGGUAUGCUUCCUUUUUAAGCAAAGUUUUCUUCACCAACAUGCUGGCCUAUGAGAUUUGUUCCAAUGGAACAAAUGGCAAUGAGUUAGAGAUAACUUCUUACAUAAAUUUCAUGAAAUCUUUGAUUGUUUGUCCCAAUGAUGUAAAAGAGUUGCGAGAAAAACGCAUCAUAUCUAAUACACUUGGAGAUGACAUGAAAGUGGUGCAGUUGUUCAAAGCAUUAAACCCUCAUGGAAUUGACAAUCCCAGAAUUUUUAAGGAGGUGAAGCAGAAAAUUCAACAACACUAUGAUAGCAAAGCAAAUUCGUGGAUGGCUGAACUUGUCUAUACUUACCUCAGAAGUCCCUGGACUAUUAUGGCUUUACUUGCUGCUUCUCUUCUUCUUCUUUUAACUUUGGCACAGACUUAUGUUGCCUUCAACCCGCGCAAUUGAUUCAAACUUCUUUCAACCGAUGGAGAGCAGGAUUAUUGAAUUACAAAAUUUGGUUUGAAAUUUAGAGUGAUAAUAAAAAUUUGGUACGGUA